AUGCUGCUUUUCAGCCGUCAAGGUAAACUUCGACUGCAGAAAUGGUACACGGCCUCUAGUCAGAAGGAGAAGAAAAAGAUCACACGGGAUUUGAUCACGACUGUUCUUGCUCGGAAACCGAAGAUGUGCAGUUUCCUUGAGUAUAAGGAUCUAAAAGUUGUAUACAAAAGGUAGUUUAGGGCAGUUAGGAUAUUCUUAUACGAGAAACUAAAUGUUUGAAAUGUGUCCAUUCCAUGUCUAGUGACUUGAAACUUAGGCACGUCUGGUUAUGGUCAGACAAAGACAGGUGAUUGAUUGGUGUUCUUUUUAAUGCCCCGGCUAAACGAUCAAACAUUUUCGAUGGACAUCGUGUUUGAUGUACAUCGUGGGGUGGCUAAACAAUCGAAAAUUUUCCAAGGGUUUGAUCAGAAUGUGAUCACAAUGUUGGAUGAAAAGUUUUAAUGCGAGGCUCAGAAAGACGGCUAGACAAGUUAAACAUGCUCUUCUAUCAUGAAGUUGAACGAAAACUUUUGAUCGCUUAGCGGAGCUUUAGGAUUCCUUUGUUGAAUUUGUACAUGAAGAACAACUUUACACUCUUCGCGUAUCAUGCAUGUGUAUAUAUGAUAACAACUGUACUGCGAAACACCUAUACUCUUUCAAAUACUUUCUAAACGUAGGAGUUUCUUGCUACACCUUCGUCAGAAAAUUGGAUGAUGAAUUGAAAAAUUUUGUGUUAUCGUUUGAAGUGAAAUGAUUUAUCGUAUAAUUACUUGUUAACUAAGCGAAUGAAGAUAUUGAUCCCAAAUGAAUAUGUUUAAUUCUAAGAUUCUGUUUCCUUGUAUUGCACAGA